AUGGCAGCCACAACAAUGGAGCAACCAUCGCCAAUGAAUCAAUCAUCCAGCUUCAUGGAGACAUCCACUGAUCUUGACAUCUAUUAUGCAAACACUUCAGGAAAUGGAGGCAAAUUAUCUAGAAACUAUUUACCGUCUGAACGAUGGCCGUAUUUCAACCUCUAUGGAUACCAAUUCUGGGGCGUCGUCUUGUUCAUAGUUGUCGUGGGAAUAAUCGGGAACAUAUUAGUUUUUAUUAUAAUGAGAGACAACAAAUUGAAUUUCCUCUCAUAUUCUGUGUACCUGAAAUUUUUGGCUUGUACUGACAGCUUUUUGCUGAUCAUAAGGCUUAUCCAAGAAACUCUCAGGGUGUUUCAUCUGCAGCAAUUGGCUCGCAUAAAUACGGACAUGUGCAAAUUUUCGUAUAUCUUAAGGUUCCCCGCUACCCUUCUGUCGCCGUGGCUGGUGGUAGGACUUUCUCUUGACAGAUACGUAUGCGUUCGUUUUCCACUGACGCGAGACAGACUCUGUACCCGCAAGAAAGCAAUUAUCAUCUGCUCCACGAUGCUUUGUCUGGCUUUUGCGAUGAUUGUGCCCUUUGUUGUUGAUGGAGAACUGAAGAAUGGCCAAUGUCUUCCUUCAGAUGGACUGAAGAGUUAUUACACAUUCAUUCGAUUAGUAUUUUCAUGCUCUCUGCCAAGUCUGCUUAUUCUUAUUCUGAAUAUCCUUAUAGUUAUUCAAAUCCAGCGCAGCCACAAAUUCCAGAAUACCUUUAGGACGUCGGCGAGUGACGCAGUUACCCGUCAGCAGGACCGUUCGAUACGCCCUCUGGUGUUAGUUUCUGUGCUAGCUUUUGUCACCUUGCUGCCCGUGUCAGUCUCCGAAGCUGUCCAUGUUUCAUUGAUGAUAUCGAAAACGGAUUCGAUGGCUUUAACAUUGGGCAUGAAACUCUGGCCAGUCUUUAGCACAAUCUAUAUGUUAAAUUUCGGACAGAACUUCUACAUUCUCAUAGGCAGUUCAUCAAACUAUCGACGCAUCAUUAAAAAUAGGCUCGCUUGCUGCAGUCUGAAAUGGAAUAAAAAAAACCCACGUAAUCAAGAUACAUUGUCAAAGAUUCAUCCUCGAAGUGUCGUUCCAGGAUCUCGAAGUACUGAAGUAUCAUCGGUAUGUGCUGCAUCUGAUAAUAAGAUUCUUGAAAAGGAAGUCAGUUCGCCUGACAUCACGAGCCCAGAAGCAUAA